GGCUCUGAGAGAUAGCAUUACACAGCAGCUGACCAACGUGGAGAAAUUGGUGCUUGGGAAGAUGACCAAACAGCAGUACAUGGAUGCUGAAACUCCUCUACACAAAAAGAAGGAAGAGCAGUUGGAGAAAAUGAAGUCCAUUUUGAGUGGCCUCUAAAAAGAAAGUAAAUAGGAUUUAGGGUUGGCUUGGUCAAUUUUUCAUAUGUACUUCAUAAUGAUGUAUGAUUCCUAAGUUAUAUAUCAGUAACUUUUAAGUUAGGAGGAAAAGGAGAGCAAAUUGACUUUAUAAUUUGCAAGAUUCACACUAAUAGUGCAUUAAAGAAAUUACCCACAAAAGAAAAAUACAUUCCAUAAGAAUGUGGGUAUUUUUGUGAUUUAUGUUGUGUUGGCGUGUUAAGCACUUUCCUUAAUGUUUAUAUAUCCUCAUUGACAGAGGAUAAUGUGAUUAAAGGAGCUACUGUUUAAAA